AGGAGGGCUCUGCAGGUUUAGUGAUUGGAAAGACGACGACGGAAAGACCUGGUCUUGCCCGUGGAAGUACAGGGGGUCUGUUGUCGCCGCACCCUGGUAUUGGGACAUGUACUCGGCCCUCAUCAGUUCACCUCUGCUAAAAAAAUGCCUGCUCAUGCACCGGCUUUACUGUGUGUUAGAAUCUUCUGUGUGAUGCUGAAAAGUGCUCUCACAAGGAAUACUCUAUGAAUACUAGGAGAUGGUGCGCUGAGUCAUUUCCACAAGAGGCUUCUGUACCACUUCGAAGCAAGACUACAUUAGAGAAUAAAAGGUGUGAGGGCACACCAGCCUUUUUUUGGCUAGAAAGCUAACCCUCAAGUGAAUGUAUUGAAGAUUUCUAGACUUGGUGGGACAAAUAUCUCUACCUCCAGUUUUAUGAAUACUGCUAGCAAUGGCUGUGGAACUCUGUUUGCUGCUGCUCCUUUGUGGAAGUACAAUUUCAGAGGUACAGCCUAUAUACAAGCCACCUCCUGGGACUUUGGAUUUUGGAUUUGUACCAGCCAAGACGUAUGACACAGGUGCAUAUCAUGAACCUGGGCCGAUAGGAAUUUUGUUUAAAAUAGUACAUUCAUUCCUGUACUUAGUGCAGCCAAAUUCUUUUCCUCAAGAUCUCAUCAGAAAACUAGCACAGCAGAAGUUUGGAAAUACACAGGGUGAUUAUCAAAAGCCAGAAAAUGUUGUCCUGACUCUUCAGGCCAUCUACUAUGAAAUCGGUUUUAUAGUCACCGCAGCCUUGGGAUUGCUAUUUAUUUUGUUACUGCCUCUUGUGGGACUUUGCUUCUGUAUGUGUCGUUGCUGUGACAACUGUGGUGGGGAAAUGCAUCAAAGACAGAAGAAAAAUGCUGACUGUCAGAGGAGCUGUUUUGCAACAUUUCUUUUUGUUGCUUCUUUAAUAAUAAGUGUUGGAGUGCUCUGUGCGUAUGCUGCCAACCAGCAUUUAACUAACCAAGUCCGAGGAGCAAAGAAACUGGUUAACAGUAAUUUUAAAGAUCUGAAAAUUUUCCUUAACGACACACCAGCGCAAAUUGAUUACUUGGUGAACCAGUACAAUACAACUAAGGAUAAAGCACUCUCUGAACUAAAUAAUGUUGGACCUUUGCUUGGAAGCAGAGUUCAAGAACAGUUGGGAAAAGAAGUACAUCCUGCACUUGAUGCAGCUCUGACAAUGGCAGGAGUCAAAGUGGAAAGGGCUAUCAAAGCCAUCAGAGAAACAAAGGAAGCACUGGAAAAUGUGAGUGUCUCUGUAGAGGUUUUGCAGGAGGGAACAGAGAGACUUCAUGCAAACUUGACAGAUGUUAAAAUGCAUCUAAACAACACCCUCAGUGAUUCUGCAUGCUCUGCAGCUCAGACUGCUUCAACUUGCAAUAUCAUCAGGAAUUCAUUAAAUCAACUGAACAUCAAUGCCAACUUUAGUGGGUUGCCAGGAGUGAGCUCACAGCUUGCGAAGGUCAAUGAUGUCCUUAAAAUAGACCUUUCUAGUCUGGUUCAAAAGGGUUAUGCAGCAUUUAAUGAUACUCCAGACUUAGUGGUGAAUCAAACCAGGAAUAUUUUAUCAGGUGUUCUAGAUAUCAAAACCGUGUUGGAAUCCAUUGGUUCAAAUAUCACUACCUUCACAAAAACACUGCCUGUCCAGAAUAUUUUAGCAGAUUUGAUGGUAUCUCUUACACAGAGUGAAGCAUAUGUUCAGGAUUAUUUUCCAGUAGUGGAGCAAUAUGAUUUCUACAGGUGGCUGGGUUGUCUCAUUCUGUGCUGCAUGGUAGUCCUGAUUCUGGUCUUUUACUAUCUUGGAUUGCUAUGUGGCACCUGUGGUUAUGAUAAACAUGCUUCUCCGACAACCAGAGGCUGCAUCUCCAACACUGGAGGAAACUUUCUUAUGGCUGGUGUUGGAUUCAGUUUUCUUUUCUCCUGGGUGCUGAUGAUUGUAGUGGUGCUCACUUUUGUCACAGGUGGAAAUAUAGAAAAACUGGUCUGUGAGCCCUUUGAAGAUAAAACUUUAUUCAAGGUUUUGGAUACUCCCUACUUACUAAAUCAAGACUGGAAAAACUACCUUUCUGGCAUCUUGUUUAAAAAUCCAAAUAUUAACUUGACUUUUGAAAAAGUGUACAGUGAUUGCAAGGAAAACAAAGGAAUUUAUACUUCCCUUCACCUAGAACACAUGUUCAAUAUUGAAGAAUUUCUAAAUAUUAGUAUGUAUACAGAAGAUGUAGCACUUAAAAUUGAACAUAUUCAGAUAAACCUCAGCAAAAUCAUUCUGCUGGAUGAAAUUGGGAAGGAGAAUCUUCUGAAUUUCAGCUCUUCAGGAAUAGAAGGGAUAAACUUUGCAGCAUAUUUGACAGAGAUCAAUAAAAGUGUUACCAAGGUUGAUCUUCUGUCAUUUGCUAAUGACUUAGAAGCAAGAGCAGACCAGCUGCCAAAAGGAGCACUGGAAAAUGCCUUAAAAGGACACGCAAACAGCAUUCGAAUGAUUCAUAACCAGCAAGUCGUUCCGCUAGAGCAAGCUAUGACUGUCAAGAAAUAUGUUAAAGCUAGGAGCACUUUAAAUCAGAGCAUUAGGCUGCUGAAGAGGACAUCAUCUGAACUUAUGGUUAAGGUGAAAAAUGUAAUUAGUGCUGUUAAUGCUGCCCAGCUACUCAUAAAUAACAACGCUUCUCUAGUUAUUGUCCAGGAGACAAAAAAGUACAUGGAUACCAUAGUUGGCUACUUUGAGCAAUAUGUCGAGUGGGUCAAGGAGUCGAUUGCCAUGGAGGUAGCGGCGUGCAAGCCUAUUGCCAAUGUGAUAGAUACAGCAGUAGAUAUUUUUUUAUGCAGCUAUAUAACUGAUUCUGUGAAUACCUUCUGGUUUGGUUUGGGAAGUUCUUCAAUAUUUUUAAUUCCUGCCAUAAUUUUUGCUGUAAAACUCUCCAAAUACUAUCGUAGAAUGGAUACAGAGGAUGUAUAUGAUGACUCUGUGGAACAGUGGUAACACAUACUGGAAACAUUAACAGGCUGUAUAAAUGAGGCUCAAGAUUCUUCUGCGGGAAUAUAUCAUUAUUCUUACAAGUGUACUGGCAUUUGCAUUCAUCUUCCAAAUCCUGAGCCACUUGUUUGAUGUCACCUGUACUGUAAAUCCCAAAUGUACUAUUGAAUGUUACGCCAUAAACUACUGUACAGAAUAUUUUGCGAUCAGGGCACUGCCCCUCAAAUACCACUGUUCAAGGCUUGAAUUAAAACGGUUUUUGUUUUUUACUUUUUUACACUGGGCUGUUACAUCACAGUAUAAAAAUAAAUUAGAUUAACAGCCUUUGCCUAGCAAUCCUCUGACAGUUGGUCAAGUUCUUAUCUUAAAUUGUUGAUUUGUGUUAAAUACAGUACAUACACGUUUACAUAAAAAUACAUUUUGUAUACAGAACUUUUGUAUAUACAUUUUUCUUAAAACUUGUAAGUGUUUAGUUAAGAUUUUAAAUUGUAUAAUAGUCUUCACCAAUGAAUUUACCAGCAUGAUCAGUGUUGCUAUUUGGUGCUCUUGAAUGACCACUUUGAACUAAAUUUGAAGCGUAAUGGGAUCCAUGGUGUCUCUUUGUGUCUCUGAAAAGUUCAGUUGCAGUUUUGUUUUCUCCCUCUUUUUUUAAUUAUUUAAUAUUUAGUGGUUUUUAAAGUAUAGACCUAAAAGGGACUUUGGAGAAGUUUAUUUUGAAACUCUUUGGGUGGGAGGGUUGGGAGUUGCGUGAUGCGUAAUAUAGUGAAAAGGCUAAGCUUUCUAGAGAGUUCAGUAGUAUUCAAUAAGAGCAUGAGACGUGUCAUAUAUUGGUGAUUUUUUAGAAUGUUUUACAUUUUCUGUCUCCCUUUUCCUCAUUCACACUCAUUUCUAUCAUGUCCUUAAUAGUAUCACUGUUACGCUGUGGCUCUUUCAGGGGGCAGUGAUACUAUUUUUGCUGAAUAAUUUCAAAAUAUGAUUUCUAAUAUUGAAAUUUAGAUGUGUUCAGCAAUUAGAGUUAACAUUUGUACUGGUAGAGUUAUUGCCUUGAAUUUAGGCAUACAGUUGCAUUACUUAAUUAGAUAACAGCAGAUUUCAUCAACAAGGCCAAAAGUAUCUGUGUUACUAGUGUAAAACAUUUCAGCAGGUGAAGUAAUUUGGUAUAUUGAUCUAAAGUAGUGUCUCUUGAUUUAUCAGUAUUGUGAACUUUUGUUUCCAAAAAGGUUCAUUGGCUUGAAGUAGGGAUAAUCCUGUAAAUCAUUCAUAUAAUUUU